GGUGGAGUGCCUCAGAGCGCCUGUUGGCGGCAGCAGAGACGGGGCCGGGUGUAUGAGACAUGAGUGGAAGCAAUGAGACGGUGACGGCUAGCGAAGUGCAUGAAUAGGCGGUUGGUGGAAUGAGAGAUGAUGACGGCCUUGGCGAGAUGAGAAUGACAGUGGACCUAUGAGACGGAGACGGCUGACCAGGUUAUCAACCGUCAUCUGAGUCGCGCGGUCCGACGAGCAGACCUAUGAGCCCAGCGCACCAGUAGUGCCGAGCGGCAGGCGCCGUCAUCCCCCGCCCAGCCGACCCGGCACGGGGCCGCGGGGCGGGUGGUUUGACGCGAACCGUGAUGGACUCGGGACAGUAAUGGUGGGUUCCGAUCGUGAUGAAUUAGGAGGUCUCGCCAGUCUGAAUUGUGGUGAACGAGUAACGCCGGUCCGGAUUGUAAUGGACACACCUCGCCGGUAUGAAAUGUGAUGAACACAUCUCGCCGGUGCGGACUGUAAUGGACAAAUCUCGCCGGUCUGAAAUGUGAGGGACAAAUCUCGCCGGUGCGGACUGUGAUGGACAUUGGUCUAAAAUGUGAUGGACAGGAGGCAGGAGCUCUCGCCGGUCCGCACUGCGCUGGACAGAGGGUGUAUCCGCCCCUGACCGUGAUGGACAGGAGCCGCCGCCGCCUGUGCCGACGGACUGGCCGCUGGCACCUGAGGCUGCUGGCCCGACUGGUGGCGGCGCUGGCCCUGGUCCUGGUCACCGGCAGGCUAUGCGGGGAGCUGCCGUGCGGCAGGUCCAGUCCUGGCCGUCUGCGAACAGCGGAUGACGUCAAUAUCGGACUGUCAGAUCGGGGCGUCCCGUUUGAAUCAGACCCUCUCAACAUCGUCAGCCUGGCGUCCUCACCACAUCACCUGCACACGGCCCCAGCCAACGUCACGUCUGGUGACGUGCCGUUCCGCGUCUCUGGCGCCGAGACGGUCUCCUGCUGGCGCCGGCUGGAGCAACAGCUCGGCAGGCGGCUGCACAUUGUCCUCAUCGGCGACUCUCGGCCGCGGGGUCUGUACCACCACCUCCGCACCAGCUGGGACCUCGCCGCGCACACCAGCAACGGCUCCGAGUGUCUACAGCACUUUGUGUACAAAAAUCGCACCGACUGGUGUCACUACCGCUCCAGCUCGCCGCACGUGGACCUGAGGUUCUUCUGGAACCGGCUGGCGGACGCCGGUCUGCUAAAGAUCCUGGAAUCUCUGCGGGCCGAGUGCCGGUCCGGCGCCGCCUCGUGCGCUCACCUGGUACUCCUCUCCAUGGGCACCCACCAGCUGCGAGUGCCCGAGUCGACCCACAGCCGCCGGCUGCUGCACGCCGUCCCCGGGCUGGAAACGGCUGCUUGCGCUCUAGAAAGACUUUCCGAUUGCGGCGUGCAAGUCCUCUGGAAGCUGAGUGAGCCGGAGAAUUUCGAGAUGCUGGGUCAGAUGACAGACAAGUCACUCAACUAUGCCCACGUCAUCUACAACGCGAUGGUUGUGGAUCGACUCGGGCAGGUGGCGCCCUCUGUGCGCCGCUGGUCGUCGGUGCUGCCACCUACUGAGAACUACAUCGCGCGUUGCCGCCUGGACCCGUCGUGGAACUCGAACCCCUUCAGCUCCCCGCUGCGCAACUGCUACGACCGACUGCACUACGGCGGGGCGGUGCAGGAGCAGUAUCGGAGCCAGCUGCUGCGGCACCUGUGUCCCCUGGAAACGGCUGGACCGGCCGAGGGCAUCCGGUAGCGGAACUGAGCCUGUGUGGCGGGUCUGCUGUGUGGGCUUUCUGAUACGGAAAAGAGAACCGCCUGUUACUGCUAUGUCAUUGAGAAUAUACCAACCGUGUGUGAUGUCAACUUGCUGGCUGUCAAUAAAUGCAGUUGUAGGUAA